AUGAAGGGAGAGAAGGACGAUAGCAGUGUUUGUUUUUGUACACAUUCUGCUUGUUUGCGAUAAAAUCUCCGACUUUUCAGGUGAUUUGCGACGAAUUGGAAGUGCGAAAUGUGGAUAGUUACGGACGAAAAAAACGAAGUUCCAGCGUGGAGAAGUGGCUGAGAAAAUCGGUGAGUGAGGGGGAGUUGGGAGGCACCGAAACACGAGCGGUUUCAGAACGAGAAGGGACGAAUGAAAAGACGUGUCGUCGCCGGAACACUGACGAUCACUGAUGAGGAAACGGCGAAGCCACGGCCAGGUAUGCCGUUAAUUACCGGGUUUACGGGUUCGACGCCGAAUCGCAGCGUGAUGGCCGUUUGAUGCCCGUCACGAAGAAACGUGUAAUUAGAGAAAGAAGGGGAAGGGAAGGAUGUUCUCUUCGUGAGAAAGACAGAAUUCAUCAUCAAUCCCUUGAAUCUAUUGAAAAAUGCAUUCGAAAAAUUGUGAAUUUAUUGCCCUUCUUCCUUACAAAUUCUCUCCCUUUUUGGAAAAGUGUUGACAAGCGGAGCGGUCCGUUAGUUAUGUCAGUCCCUGUGGGCCGUCCGCUCGGGUUCCCUCCACUCAUCACUCAUCACUUCUUCUUCUUCUUCUUCAGAAUUCUCCACUUCUUCUUCUUCUUCUUCUUCCCAGCAGUACUGCGUGCAGAAGGAUCGCAUCGAGUUCGUCGUCAUCAUCGUCGUUCUUCUCAUUCUCCUCCAAAUCGCCGUCGCCGUUUUCCUCUACCGAAAGUGUGUCUCUCGCGUGGCAAUGGACGCAUCGAGCGUGUAUUCGGAGGGCAGUUCCACGACGUCCUCUUCCGCAUCAUCCGCCACGUCAUCUGCCUACUCCACGUGUCAUCGGAGGGACGAGGCGCCCGUUCUCCCGCAAAGACCCUCCAGAUUUGUGGACGGUUCGCCUCAGUUCACGGAAAACCGAUAUAAUAGGUUACAUCAUUUCACUUGAACUAUUAUUAAUUGUUAUGUUUGACAUAUCUGGUACUUAUCAAAGUUCCAUUACCAUGCAAUAGUUUUCAAUUACCUAAUAUAUUGUGCAAUAGAGCGCACUUUCUUCCUCUACCCAUGUGCCUUUCCUCACUUUGACUCAACUUAAUUUAUGUUCAAUUCGAAUAAAGAUUUCAAUUUCCUCUCGUCACUCGACUGAACAGAGUUCCCUUUCCUUUGUGAACUCUGCUUUCUGAAAAGAGAAAGAAUAGUCAAGAAUUCUGCAGAAAUCCAUGCGAAUCAACAUGUUUACGUGGUGUCUGAUGCGCUCUAUUUCGAUCGGCUCCACAUGGACGAGCCGAGCAGAGAUCUAUUGUUUUCACUGUUUUUCGGCCCAGCUGGCACGUUUUUAUGAGUGAACGAACUCAUCAGAUGACUAGGAAGCGGACUGAAUAGACGGUGAAUAGAUCUGACUUUAAGGAACAAAACUAGACAUGUCAGGGAUAACUAACUUCUCGAGACAGUUUUUCGAUUCAGAAAAGAACUCUGAAUGGAUCAGGAAAUCUUGGAAGGUCCGGGAAACAUCUAUUUUUGAUUUUUGUCUUUGCAAUCACGUUUCGGUAUGUUUUCCAUGCUCCUCGUGACUGACCGCUCCGCCGGUGGUCCGUGCUAAACGGAGAGUUCACAAUCCGAGCGGGACCAUCCAAAACAUCACAUGCGCGAUCUCUCCGUCUCUCGAUCCGCCGUUUUCUCUCGUCUUCCGCACUUUCACGUUUUGUUGACUCAAUUGUGCUUUUCAGAACAAGAAGUGGAAGGGGCGUAGUCGAGACAUGCAAAAACAAAGGGAAAAAUGGGGCGGAGUGGGCACAGUCACAGGACUGAACAGUAUAAAAAGCGAGGAUUUCAUGUCAACAAACAUGACAUCUCUUUUCUUUUGUUUUCUUUUUAAACUUUUUCUACUUCAUUCCAGAAGCAACUUUGAAAUUCUUCCCAAAGCGAACUCAAGAUGAUGAGCGUUCCAGUGAUGGCCGACGAAGGAACCAAGUGGGAUUGGCCGCUCCAGAAGGGAGACGGAGUCGUCAAUGUGAGCUCAUUCCUUCCUUUUUCAGCGUCCCCUACAACAAUCAUCUUUUUUUCAGGUGCUCGACGACGACAAUCACUUCGAAGUGGGACUCGAGGCCCACCACUUCCUGCCGAAGGAGAUUGAGGUGAAGAACAUCGGCGAGCUGCUCGAGAUCCACAUGGAGCACACGGUCAAGACGGACCAGUUCGGCGACGUCUCCCGCAGCAUCACGCGCUGCUACAAACUGCCGAAGAACGUCGACAUGAAGACGAUCAAGAGCAACUUGGACUCGAACGGAAUCCUCCACAUCCACGCAUACAAGAUGCACUGA